UUUGAAGAUUGAAUCUCUGUGUUUGUUGCAGUGGCAGUAGUGAAGGAAAUUCAUUGGGAAGGUAAAAGGGUAGCAGUGCACGAAUGAGGUGAGCCCCUUCUCUCACUCUCUCUGUGCCCCCGCGUGCUCUCUGCUGCUUCAACUCCAAAUCUCUAUCCUUUCUAGUACUACUCCUCCAUCCAUGCAAACUCAACUGUUCUGGAUUUUCUUCUGAAACUUUCUUUUCUACCAUAAAUUCCGGGAGAGACUGAAACACACGCAUCAUCCUAAUCCUCAUGUUAACUGCUUAUUGAAAUGGAGGAGGGUAAUGGCACUUAUAGUAUGAUGGCUUUUGGCGAGAACAUCAUGAGUAGUAGUAGUAGUAAUAAUAGUGGGAUUUAUCCAAUCAUCAUGAUGCCUUUACUCACUACCACUCACAAUCAAGUUAUUAAUCCUCUUCCUAAUCUUAAUUACUCUAAUCCUAAUAAUGCAGACACAAAUAGUUCCUUCCCUCUUCCCAUGCUUACUACUCAUCAAGAACCAAUCCGCAACAACAUGCUCCACACCAACAACACUGGGAUAUGUUACUUUAUGGACAUACACAACAACCACCAUGGAAGCUCUUCUUCUUCUUCCUCUUCAUCAGCUCUCAAGGCCAAGAUCAUGUCUCAUCCUCACUAUCAUCGCCUCUUGGCUGCAUACGUCAAUUGUCAAAAGGUUGGAGCACCGCCUGAAGUGGUGGCAAGGUUAGAAGAAGCAUGUGAAUCUGCAGCGGCAAUGGCAGCAACUUCUUGCAUAGGUGAAGAUCCAGCGCUGGAUCAGUUCAUGGAGGCCUACUGUGAGAUGCUUAUCAAGUACGAGCAAGAACUCUCCAAACCCUUCAAGGAAUCCAUGCUUUUCCUUCAGCGCAUGGAGUCCCAGUUCAAAUCCCUCUCCAUUUCUCCUUCCAAUAACUUCGCCGGUAAUGAAGGUGUUGAUAGGAAUGGAUCAUCUGAGGACGAUGUUGAUUUACAAAACAAUGCAAUAAUUGAUCCGCAAGCAGAGGAGCGGGAGCUGAAGGGUCAGCUGUUGCGCAAGUACAGCGGAUACCUUGGUAGUCUGAAGCAGGAAUUCAUGAAGAAGAGGAAAAAAGGGAAGCUCCCUAAAGAAGCAAGGCAACAGCUACUUGAAUGGUGGAGCAGACAUCACAAAUGGCCUUACCCAUCUGAAUCACAGAAGGUGGCGCUUGCAGAGUCAACAGGUUUGGAUCAGAAACAGAUAAACAACUGGUUUAUUAAUCAAAGGAAACGGCAUUGGAAGCCUUCAGAGGAUAUGCAGUUUGUGGUGAUGGAUCAAAGCCAUCCACAUUAUUACAUUGACAAUGUUGUGGCCAAUCCCUUUCCCAUGGAUUUUUCCCACACAAUGCUUUGAGAAACAAAAAUAAAUGCAAAGGCAUUCAUCACUUCAAACUUAAAAAUUUAGCAUAUAAAUGUAAUGUAUGUAGAGAGCAACGCACGUCUUAAGUAGUUAGUUAUGAUGCUAUUAAAUAUAUAUAA